GCGUGCGAGGGCAGAUUGAGCAUGAAAGCCAAGAUCGGGUUCCACUCGCAACGCCGCGAUCUCAACUCCCUCACUGUGCUGAUGGUUUCGACGAACGGACCACAUUCAUCUCUCUCUUGUCGUUGCGGGAAGCGUCACGCAACCCGCCACACGAGAGUGACUGGCCGUGGUGCAAAGACGCAGCAAAAUUUUUCAUAGGAGCUGUGUUGAGCAAUACAAGGAAGGAAGGGGAGGUGAAUUGAGCUGUAGAAUUGAUGGCGCAGUGCGUGGGGUGCUGCGGGUUGAGGAUGGUCCAGAAUUCGAAUAUUUUGGCUUCAGGUUCCAGGAGUUUUAGGACUGGGUUGCCGAGCACGAAUGGCCAUGGCAGUUUGUGGGCACCUGCUGAUCCGUUGAGAUCCAUUCGGAAAUCUCCUCCCAAAGCUGGACCCUUGGUUGCUGUUGCUGCGCUUGAAACGGUGGUCCCUUUGAUUGAUGAGGCUGCAAUGGGGUUGGGGAAGGAAAUACCACAAUUAUUUGCGUUAGUUGCAGAAGGUGGAACAUCAGAUUGGCUGAAUAACACGCUAUUCACUGCAGGCCAGAAUGCAAACUCUGUGGUUCAGGGGCAGCUGCAAGGCUCCUUGACGCCUACCAGUGUGGCCAUCAUAUUUGGUGCAGGACUGGUGACGAGCCUGUCUCCGUGCACUCUGAGUGUUCUGCCUCUCACACUUGGCUAUAUCGGAGCUUCUGGAGGAGGAAAGAACCGCACGCAGUUGUUUGUCGAUUCAGUGGCUUUUUCCUUUGGAUUGGCAACGACACUUGCAGUGCUCGGUGUCGGAGCAUCAUUAGCAGGAAAGGCUUAUGGUCAAAUUGGACAAGGCAUUCCAAUCGCUGUGUCGGUUGUGGCGAUGGUAAUGGGCUUGAAUCUUCUGGAGAUCAUUGAGCUUCAAUUUCCGUCGUUUUUCGGCAACUUUGAUGCCCGGAAGGCAGCAGCCACUCUUCCUCCAAGUGCUCAAGCAUACCUUGCAGGUCUUACGUUUGCAUUGGCAGCGUCUCCUUGCAGCACCCCAGUCCUUGCCUCGCUGCUGGCCUAUGUGGCCUCGUCUCAGGAUCCGUUGGUUGGAGGUAGCCUACUUUUGGCUUACACAACUGGAUAUGUAGCUCCUCUUUUAUUGGCCGCGUCAUUCGCUGGCGCUCUCCAGCAACUCAUGGCCAUGCGCAAGUAUUCUGCGUGGAUUAAUCCUACCAGUGGAGCGUUGUUGCUGGGUGGGGGGCUCUACUCUUUCCUAACUCGCACAUUUCCGGAGUCUUCAAUGACUACGAUGAUGUAAACAUAUGCUUACAUGGAUGGAUAGAGGCAACCCAUCUUUGUAUAUGUCCACACAAUUCUAGAUCAGGGCUUAUUGUGGUGGUAUGCCUGAAAAUGUGUAUUUGUUGACACAUCCGUUCUGACCAUCGAGAGAGACCAAUGAACUUGGUUGUAAAACUGUGUAAACUAAAAGCUUCUUGACCUCUAAAGAAUAGCAUGACUGCAUGGAGCCAUCGAAUCACUUUUGGAAAAAAACAAAUCUAUGUGAAGUUUUUAAAUCCUAACUUAUUGGUUUAGGCAAGGAAUUGUCUCAGUCUUGGAUGCAGGUUUUGUAGUAGAGGUUGGAGAUUGUAAAUGAUGAAUCAGUAGUUGGUAGUUAUUAAUGAACAUGUGCUACCUAUUGUUAAACCGAAUCACAAAUAGAAAUAAAAAAUAGAAAUAAAGGUUUAAAGGA